CAAAAAGCUGGUUAAUUAUGAUUCUUUGCAUAAUCUAAAGAUUGCACCACACCUGAAUGAAAAAUGCUGUGAUCCUGGGCAUUUUGAAAAAAUGAAAGUGAGCAUGGCUAAGAAUCUACUAUCCAGAAAAACUAGGGCAGCCAUUUGCUUUCUUAUUCAGGAAAAACUCCUGCUCAAGAAUGCCACAACUACAGCAUGGUUUUGUGAUCAAGUUGGUCUGUGGUACAACCUGAUGACCUCACGUUCUUCAACAAUGGGUUUCAGUCUCUACACACAUGAAAAACAUACAGAAGUUGUAUCUUUCCUUGAAUCAAUUAUUAAACUUUUUACCCAAUUGAAAAUAGGAUCAGAAUCAAUUGCCAAGUGGAGGGCUGCGCAAACAGGAACAAUUUUAGCAACCAAAACCAUUCUUGAACUUCAGAACUGCUUCAUUUUGGAAAAACAAUACAAGUUCCUUCAGACCAGCUGCUUCACACAAGAUUGCACCCAUGCUGGCCAGAGUCGGCCAAAGAUCGUAUUUUCACGUAAAGUUUGCACUAAUAUUGAGCUGUACAGUUUUCUGGGAGAGGUCUCACUGGUCCCGUGUUCAUCAACAGCCACCGUCAGAAAAAUUAAAAAACAUGAAACUCUCGUCAAAUGUUAAUGGUAUUUAAUGAUUAUGAUUUAUCAUUAUCUUAGACUUGAAAACAGUGCACACUCAGAACAACUAAAAAUCAUAAAUUUGUAUUGAUAGGAAAGAAUCCAGUCACAUCAACUGGUGCUAGGUUGACAUCGGAAAUUACAGGAAAAAUCGACACUUUAUUUACCAUGGAUUGCAUGUUUAACCGUUGAUAUUAAUUUUAUGCAACUAUCUGAGGAUAUGUAGGUACCGUUGACUUUCAAUUCUUCAAAAAAAAUUUCUCACCGACGAUUUCAAAAUGAGCAAUGACGUUCAUAAGAAAUUGAAAAGGUAAA